GGUGAGUGAUGAGGCAAGGUUUGAACCAGAUCUGAUUAUGAAAAGCAAUUCUGAGGAAUUUGUACCAGCAUCAUUUCCUCAUGUUGUGUCAAGAGUAGAAGCUCUAUAAGUAUCCAGAGAUUCUGCAGUGAAGGCUGAAGGUGCUGGCUGGCUGAGAAGACAGAUCAUUCUUCAUCAGUUUGCCUCAUCACUGCAUCGCCAUCAUGAAGUUGUCGGCUGUGUUCCUUCUUGUUUUCUCCAUGGUGGCUCUGACCAGCGGCCUCAAGUACACGGUUUGCAGAUUCCGACGGAUGUGCUUCCCGGUUAUUAAGCGGUGUCCUCGUGGCUGGCUUGAAAUCAACGGUCGCUGCUUUCUCUAUGUUGCCAGACCCUGCACUUGGGCUAAUGCUGAGAAAAUCUGUCAGGCUUUGGGAGCAAACCUUGCAUCGGUUCACAACGUGUACGAGUACCACCGGAUUCAGGUCCUCAUCCGUGUAGUAGGUCAUAACUCCAGACCAACAUGGAUUGGAGGAUCUGACGCACAGCAGGAGAGAACCUGGUUGUGGAGCGAUGGAAGACCUAUGAGGUACACCAACUGGUGUCGAGGAGAGCCGAAUAAUGCUAGAGGCAAGCAGCACUGUCUGCUGAUGAACUGGUCAGGUGGAAAGUGCUGGGAUGACUAUUACUGUGAUUACCGUUGGCCUUCUGUCUGCGCCAAGAAACUCCGAUGAAUGUGAGGUUCCCAAAGAGGCCAGAUGUGUAAAACAGAACCAGUGGAGGAUCAGUGCCAGGUGUUUCUGUUUUCCUGCCUUUUUAACCUUCAGAAAACCCAAAAGAUAUUUCUGCUUCUUUACAUCCUAUAAUUUCUCUCUUUAAUGCAACCUAAGGAAUGAAGCGACAAGCAAACAGCAGCUGGAUUGUCUCUCUUUAAUAAGAUCAGACUGAAUGAGUUGUAAGAAAGAAUCUUCUAUGCAAAACUUUCUUCUAUUCUUUCGCAAAGCAAAAAUAAAAUUUUGAGGAAUCAAA